GGUACGUUCGCUCAGUAGUCUCAGCUAAUUGGUUGAAAGAAAUACGCUGGCAGCUGUGUCAGUGUAAAAGCUCUGUUCAUGAAUAUUUAAUCAAUAUCACGUUUCUGGUUUCUUCACUGUCAGUAUAAUUAAUAUUCAUAAGGUAAGCUUCAGCCAUGGACGGGUCUGUCUUGUCUUCCCAUUGGAGAUCGUCUCGUCUCUCUAGCUGCAGUUAUGGCCGAGCCUUCAGUGCACAGAGAGAAUGACGAGUGGCAGGAUUUUAAUCUAUUCAAAGGCGUAACGGGACAGCAGAUUCAUCUGAACCCCACACCCACAGAGAUGUCCGUGAUGUUGGAUAAAUAUUCAAACACUGAAAACGGGUUUGAUUUUAGCUCUUACACAUCCACGGAGAAGAUGAUCAGCCACUUUGACGAGAAGUUACAAUUUUGCUUCCAAAAAACAGACACUAAACCCGCCAUCAUAGAUCCAGUGAAUCCAAUAAAUGAGGACACGACCCUUAAAUGUGAUGAGGUCUGGAAUGCUCUCACAAAGAACUAUGGCAACGUCAUGGCAGUGGACUGGAAUCAGUCUCGGGUUCGGUCACUUCAUCUCUCAACACUAAGCCUUGAAAACAGGCCUAGGUUGGAGAGCUUGAACCUGGAUCUGUCUGAUGAUGAGGACCUGAGGGAACAAAUGGACCUGCAUUCCAUCAUUGUGUCCUGUAUCAAUGAGGAACCGCUCCUUACUGCUGAACAGGUUAUUGAGGAGAUCGAGCAGAUCAUGCAGGAUUCACCAGAGAUUAAAUCAAACCAGAACUCUCCACAGUCAGAAUUCUCCGUCAUCUCUCAGAAAACCCAAAGAUCUCACACCAACCACGUCUAUGAAGAAAGAGCGAGGCUGAUGUCAGUAGCUGAGCUGAACCAGCGUCUGGUGGAUGUGGAGGUGACCAUACGUGGAUAUUCAGAAGAGCUGAUUCAGCACCUGGCCACGAGGGAUGAGCUGGAGUUUGAGAAGGAGGUGAAAAACAGCUUCAUUUCAGUUCUCAUAGACGUGCAGAACUGUCAGAAGAAACAUGAAGAGAUGCUGAGAAAGAAGAGGAAAGUAAAGAAUGCGCUUCACAGUCGAUCAGAAAGGUUACCUUCAUCUCGUUUCAGUGUGGAGAGCAUCUCCACCGCCAUCCAGAAUGGUUUUCGGCAAACUUUUGGGAAUGGGGUCGAGACAAAACAGUAUGUAACAACAGUCAUCCCAUACAAGAAAAAGGAUGGGCCUCCUUCAGUCCAAGACCUUCAGAUUUUUACCAAAAUUUUAGAAGCCAUGAGAGACAACAGUGACAAAGUUCCAAGUCUCCUCACAGACUACAUACUCAAAGUACUUUGCCCCACCUAGAGUGAUAAGAGGCACUUCUGUCGUCUUAUUGAAAACAAGAGUUCCUAGAGGGAUUGAAUUCACUGUGAAACUCCAGAUUUUAUAUUCCCACUGCUAAACAAUACAUGAUGUGUUUUAUUUACACAACAAGACUUGCAUUUAUGUGUGUGACCCCGGCAUUCUGCAUGUUUACCACACAUGGCAGUAUUCUGUUCAAUCGCAUAAUGGUUUGCUGUCUGUGUGAAAUGGGAAAAAAAAUAAAAGGUUAAGUUUUGUUUUUGCUACAUUAGAGUAACCAAACAAAAUUCCAAAAAACUGACUGUUUUUGAACAGGCUGGUGGGAAAUGCGAGCAAUGUUUAGAUCACACCACAGUCUUGACACAUUUCAGGGAACAACCUAGUUCAGUCGCUGCAUAGUAAACAAAUAACUUAUUUAACUAAAAAUCACACACAUCACUAGCAGCGUGAUUCCUGUUAGAAAGAGACAUGGGUUCAAGCAUCAGUAUGAUCUGAAACAUUCUCUUUUUAUUCUUUUAUAUGACCAAGGGCUAUUGCAGUUUUAACCCUAUGGGUUGUUUUCUUGUUUCUGUAACAUGAGUGCACUUACUGAUGUCUCUUUAAUGUUGUUGACAUAAAAAACUGAUGCCUCAUUCCACUACGUGUUUACUCAUUCCCAACAGAGAAAUCUACACUUUAAGAAAGGAUGUGUUCAUUUUUUUUUACACAUUUUUUGUGCCAUAUUGUGUUGAAAAUAAAACAAAUUGUGUUAAAAGUAACACAAAAUGUGGUGUUUCAAUAAUAACACAAAGAUGUGUGGAUUCUGGGACAACACAUUUAGUGUGUUGUCCCUAAACUAACACUGAUCUUGUUUUUAACGCAUCCAUUCUAAGAGUGUACUUGUAAAAUUUCAUUUAUUUUCUUUCUAGGUUUAAGUAGAUAAGAUUAUUAAAAUGAAUUAAUUUCUAUGAAAAACAGUUCACUCAAAAUGUAUGAUUUUUGUGAAUAUUUACAUUGUUUCAAAUCCAUCUGACUAUCUUCCAUAGAUUACAAAAGGAGAAAUUUGACAAUCUUUAUCCAACUAUUUUAUUGCAAACUCAUGCACACUUGAUAUGGUUGAACCUACAGAACCCUUAAGGGGGUCGCCAGACGAGAAGCGCCGUGUCACAUCUAGGACAACUCGGAAGUAUUGUACACCGGAAGUGCACAUUAAAUAGCGUGAGCUUAGUCGGCGUCUACUUCGAAAUGCAAAAUAUACCUGGCAGCCAAUGUUAAUUGCUAACAAUUUGGGACAAAUAUGAUGUUGUUUAAUGUUAAACUAUGUGAGUGGCGCGAUAGUGAUUUGAGCAGUGUCCAGAGUCACAGUGGACAGCCACCGACAGCCGUUGGGCGUACAUUCAUAGAAAAUAAUGUGUUUUGUUUUUAGAUUCGCAGUGCGGCACUUCUCGUCUGCUGUGCGACCCCCUUUAGGUGUAUUGCUCUUUUUGGUCACUGUAAAAAUGUGAUCCUGCCUAAUGAGAUUAGAAGCAUCAAAGUUUGAUUUUACUUAUUUGUUUUCAACCAUUGACAUGAUUUUACUCUGUCAAUAUAAAAAAUAUUAAGUUUAUGUGUUCACACAAUGUGCUUUACAUUAUGUAGGAUGAUUUUUUUGUAAAUCACAAAAAAAUGACUUUAGCUGGGUUUUUACAUAUCACUGCACAUACAACUGAGAUUCCUGAAGAAAAAUGUUGUGUUACGCAAGAAGGGUGCCUUCUUAAAUAUCAUGCAAGUGUUUGUGUAUAAAAGGUCAUACCUUGAGGCACAUUUUUGUCUUAUUAAACAAAUCUAAAUGCUGAAGGAUUUACAUUAUGGUACCGGUGACUUAAUGUUUUAAAGCAAUUUCUGCUUGUGUGCCUGGUAAUUAAUUUCCCAUAUUUUGAGAGUAAUGAGCUGGACAACUAUCAAUGAUGUUAAUUAAUAGGUUUAUAGGUUUGAUUUAUGUCAUUUACAAUGUUUGUUUUGUCUUUUUUGACCAUUUAUUGGUAAUAUUUCUAACUUUUGACUGUAUGAAAUGUUUGAACUAUGGCACGGAUGGUUCUUGCUUUUAUUUAUUUAACCUUUUCUAAACAAAAAAGUAAAAUGUAUUUUUUAACACCAUUUUGUGUUUAUUUCUGCUUUUCUAUCUCAAAAAUGUAUUUGAUCAAUAGAGCAUACUAUAGAAGGGAGGUCUGUGUACUUUUCUGUUCAUUAAUUUUCUUUUUUUAACAAAUAAAUGAAAACCAAAAAGUG